UGACCUGAUCAUGACGUCAUCACUCCUGACGUCACCGAUAAAACUGCUUGGAGACGAGCAGCCAUUUUCUUGUACCUUGUAGGACCUGUCAGUUUCAGACCCAGAGAGCACUCCAUGACCUCAGUAGUGCUGAUGGCUGCAGGAGACGUUUGACCAGGAAUUCCAGGUCGCACUUCAAUAAUCUCUGCGUCGUCAAACAAACGAACAUGAACCUUGGCUUGUGAUCUGGUCUAGAGUGACAAAGGUCAGCAGGCAUGAUCAAGACUUUGGUAGUUGCCUCUUGAUGUACAAGAUUAUAGGUCUCGAAGGACAAAGUUGCUCUACUUUAAAAAAUGUUUCUCAGGUUGAAAAGGAUAAAAGUGCUAGCUCGAGUCUUGUUCCUCAUUUUAGUCUUCAUUUUUAGCUUUUAUUCUUUAUUUACUUCCGACGAGGGAGAAGUCGGCGAGGACAGAGUCCUACUUAGAGAAAAGAUAGCGAACAGAAAUGGAUGAAGGACAUGCUCGUUCACAUGAAACCCUCCAAUCAAACGUGCCAAAUUCCCGAUCUUGACCCCUUUAACACGUCAGUCUCGGUUUUUUUCGAGCAGCAACUACCUGUAUAUUGCAUGAGCAUCGAGGAAGACUGGGUGUACACCGUCAACGGCACGUUUCGCAUCUCAAAGAACGCGCUGCGCCUGCACAGGGACAUUAAGUGUGAGUAUAUCCCACUCGAGCGUGCCGACGACUUCUCCGUCCGUGAAGGUCUGCACAUCAAGCCCAUGCUGGACGGCACACCGCUAACAACGGACUUCUUCAAGGUGGACUGCGAGGCAAGCACCUUUCAAAGGUACAUGAACAUCCACUCUGGGGUGGCCAGGAACAACGCCGUCUUCUCUCGGCAGGAGGAGUUGACCGCAAACAAAGAAGCCUCAGAGUCAUCGCCGCCCUCUUUGGGAAACAUCUCUUUCCCUCCGUUGACUCCGCCCUCCACGCAGUCAUCGAAACAUGAUUCUCUUCCGUCAUCCCCCCUUUUCAACUCUGCAAGUCUGCUUGGCCUCCGCUUGAAUGUGUUUAUCUUUGGUUUCGACUCCAUGUCUCGCAUGUCCUGGAUGCGUUUGCUUCCCCGCACACGUUGGUACUUCCUGGAGACUCUUGGUGGACUUGAACUGGAAGGGUACAACAUCGUUUGGCGGGACUUCAGCUGCUUUGCUCCCCAUUCUGACUGGGCGUCAAGAAGAAGAACUGCCAGAGGCCAGACGGGGCGUACCCAGGGCACAGCCAGUCGACGGACAUCCGUGGGUGUGGAAAGACUUCAAACGUCACGGGUACGUCACGGCUUACGCCGAAGACAUGGCCAAAUUCGGAACGUUUCAAUUGGGCAUGCUCGGAUUAAUGAACAGCCUACUGACCACUACAUGAGGCCGUUUUACCUGGAGGCCGAGAAGAUGUAUAAGAAAAAUUUUCUUUAUUGCCUGGGCACAACACCCCGCCACCGUAUCUUUAUGAACUGGUUCGAGGAAUUGUUUGCUUAUACGAGCCACCCUAAGUUCUUCUUCGGUUUUCACAGGGAGAUGAGUCGCAACAACAACAACCCUGUGCAGGCUCUCGAUGAGGAUAUGGUGUUAUUUCUUGAAAGACUAGAGAAGAGUGGUCACCUCAAUUCCACCCUCCUCAUUCUCAUGUCCGACCACGGAGAAAAGAAUUCGAACGUUCGAGCCACACAGCAGGGAAAGCUAGAAGAGCGCAUGCCUUAUUUUGCUUUCCGAUUCCCGCCAUGGGUCGAACAAGUUCAUCCUCAGCUUAUCCGCAACAUGGAGAUAAACACCAAGAGGCUGACGACGCCGUUUGACAUUCACGAGACCCUGCUGGAGGUGCUGACUUAUACCGGGUCAGGGUUGGGGGACAUCUCCAAGAGAGCCAUCAGCCUUUUCAAGGAAAUUCCAAAACAUCGGAGCUGCAGCCACGCUGGGGUGACUCCUCACUGGUGUGCCUGCCUGAAGUGGGAAACCCUUAAUAACACGGACUUUAUCGUGAUGUCGGCCGUGAAGUCGGUCUUAAAUGAGAUCAACUUGUACACAAAUUCGCACCGAGAGACAUGCGCACUGCUCCGUUUGAAGAGCAUAACUUCCGCAGCACGGUACGUUCCCACUUACGAAGACUACGUGGCUGAGCACAAACUGCGGCAGUACAUACGAAGUUUUAGUCAGCAUAAGAACCAGGACCUUUUAGGUAUAAGUAAAGAAGUCUAUCAGGUGUCCUUCAUCACUCAGCCAGGAAACGGCCAUUUUGAAGUGACGUGCACUCUUGAUACAUUUACCGGAGAAUUCUUUGUAGCGAGCACCGACAUCAGCAGAGUAAACAAGAAUGGCAAGCAUGCGAACUGCAUUGCAAAGACUCAUCCUUACCUUCGUCCUUAUUGCUACUGUAAUUCAUUUUGGUGGUGGUUUUGGUGAUGAACUAAGCUUUUGUACACAUUUAGGCUUGUGGUGACGUCAUGCAACGUUUGCCAUAUAUUACACAUUUAUACUUGCGUUUGUAAUUACUGUAUGGAUUUAUCUACCUAUUUCCUAGGUGGAAGUAGAAAAAAAUUCGCUGGUAAAUAUAACUGAAUGGCUAAGACCUAGCUGUCAGCUAGAACACUCAGAUAUUAGCACGCUAGAGUUGUAACACAAUAUCCCUGCUUGUAUUGAUAAGAUGGAAACUGCGAACCAGGCUUCUUUUUAUUUGUUUUUUUCUUAACUGUCAGACAUUAAUCUAUGAUUUUUCUUUUAUAUAUAUAUAUUGUAAUGAAUUUGUAUUGUAUUCCCAGUGAACUCCUCUGCUCGAUAGCUUGUAGUUCCCGGUUUUAUCUGAUGAAGGAAGUUCAUUAGGCGGAGAGAUGCUCCUGAUUGUGUGUAUGUGUGCAAAUGUUUGAAGAGACUCCCCGAUGUCAUUACCUCUUGCUAUUGCUCUUUCUGUCUCUCUUUUCUCAGUCUCUUAUUUUGUCCACAAGGAUGACUAAUUUUCUACUCACAGAGCACAUUAUUUAUACGAGCGAGGACAAUAUGAGUAAUAAAAGACACAGUACCUUAAA